AUGUCCACAGCUGAAGCUGAGUAUAGGAGUUUGGGUGAUGCUUCCUCUGAUGCUACAUGGGUGACCACGUUGCUAGACAGUAUUGGGAUUAAGCUACAAGGCACACCUAUCAUCUGGAGUGAUAAUUCCAACGACAUAUCAAUGAGUGUCAAUCCAAUUUAUCAUGCUAAAACUAAGCAUGUGGAAUUGGAUGUACAUUUCGUGAGAGAAAAGGUGGUAGCAAACAAAUUGAAGGUGAACUAUGUACCAUCUUUGCAUCAGGUAGCUGAUGGAUUUACAAAGGCAUUGUCAAAAGAUUAUUUUCAUGUGUUUAGACAAAGAUUGGGUGUUAUGUCAUUUAAAGAAGUUGAAGAUGGAAGAAGCAGGAGCAUAUUGGAUGGACUACAGCAUAAGCAAGAACGAGUAUGCUUUUUCCAUUACCAAGGCGUAAGGCAAAGGCAAAGGCAUUGGGGGAAAUGGGUGGCCAAAAUAAGGCUACCGAGAAAUCGAACUCGGGUUUGGUUAGGGACUUUCGAGACCGCCGAAGAAGCCGCCAUCGCUUACGAUACGACGGCUUACAUAUUGCGUGGAGAAUAUGCACAAUUGAAUUUCCCGGACCUUAAGGAUCAAGUGACAGCCAAUUCUUUGAAUGGGAACACUGCUGCACUUCUCAAAGCUAAGUUGCAGGCCAUAUCGCAAAAGUCCGGUCUUGAUCCAUGGACGACAAUGUCAAAGCCGGCAGUGGAGGAAGUUUCAGGUUCGGACCGGAAUACAGAGAAAAGUAUGGAGGUUUUGUCAUCGGAUGUUGACGGUGUACAGUUGAAUAGGUUGCCUUCCUUGGACAUGGAUAUGAUAUGGGAUGCUCUGUUGGUCUCUGAUUCAUGA